ACGUAGCAAUUUCAAAUUGAGGUCAAAUCUGCUCUCUGUGGCUGCGCAUGCAUAAAUCCGGGCGCAGCGCGUCGUGUGGUCGGUCUGGCUACACUGUCGUAGCCAACACUCCAGUCCCCCUCUCUACACCAGAAGCACUUGGCGGUGAAGGACGAAUUUGUUGUCCUCCUGGCCGGGAUAGAGCUGAGGAGCACCAGCGAAUCACCAGAGACAUCUCCGAAAAGGGUUAUUUUACAUGCAGCUCCCUUUGGGUGUCAUCCCACAUCCGGCGAAGGAGGUGUCCACGAUUUAUGCCGCAAGCUCCACUGCUCCGAUUUUAUAGCCUACUACCCUACAAGACAAGCAGUGAUGUGGUUUCUAUACCGGUGAACCUUGUUGGAUGUUUGUGUGCUAUACAUUUUGCCACACUGAACCCGUCGUGUAGCCCACAACGACGAUUAAAAUGGAUCUUUGUUUUGCUCAUCUUGGAUUGGUUAUUUUCCCUGCACGCAGCGGUCGCCUCCACAGACGCUUGUGAGUGAGGAGAUUUGGAUGGGAUCACCCUAAAGGACAGGCUGUUCACAGAAGAAUACAUAUUAAAAACAAGACAUCGUAUGCCGUCCAUUUUGUCACAAGAGAAUGUUGAUGGUUGGACAGUGGAGAUAGCCCGGCGACAGAGGUUUUUGAAUCAUGGAAUCAGACGGAAAUAAUGAAGGAUAACCGCAUCUUGCCAGAAAAGGCGAAAGGACGAUGAGAUUUUCAUCCCCGAAGUCACAUUUCCUUGAUGUUUGUCACCCAUCAGCAACCCGGAGAGCUCGAGCUGGAAAAUAUGACCCAGAAAUUAUGAUCCCCCUGUCUAUCGUGGCUCCGGCAGCGGCACAGAGAAUCCUGUAGGAUAAUGGAAUAUCAUGCAAGAACAAUGACCUGAUUUUAUCUGCCCAAGUGCCGGCCAGUUUGAUUUUUUAAUUAAACGCAUAUCUUUAUUUGUAGCAGUGGUGUCGAUUCACCUUGGCUUUGGCAUCAUUACUGAAAUGGCAUGAUAUCACUUUCAUUGUUUGUCCAUUUGUUUAGCGCUUCAAGACCUCAGUGCGUUUUUUUUUAUUUAAAGCGUACGCUUUUCAUUUAUUGUAGCAUCCAGUACCACGCCGAAUUUACCGGAUCCAUGCCAUCUGUAUAGCAUAGCACUGGGCCAUCUCACCUGACUGGUCUAUAGACGAACAUAAUCAUCAGAAUGAAUAUGGCUACCCUACACACUGAGUGAGGUGGUAGGCUACCCGGACUUCAUCUAUGCAGGGGCAUAUCUGAACAUCACGAAUUGGAAGAAUUCUUGAACUUGACCCAGGUGGAGCUACCAAAGCUCCGAACGGAAUACAGAUCAGCUUUAUUUUUUUGUAAAGAAAAAAAAAUCAUUUUUAUACCAGGGUUUUUGCCCAGUCUCUUUAAUCAGGACUGUAGUUGUCUGUUAGAUGCUGGGGUAUCAACCAUAGCUGUUGGCCACAAUUAUCACCGGCGUAAAAGGGAAACCAUGCCUAUUCCUUUUGGGCGCAUGUGAAGCAGUGGGUGGUGUUUUUUUAAUAGCCCUGCAUCCACAAGAGCACUUCAUUUGUAUUGUGGAAACAUAAUUUACUGACCACGUUUGUACAGUGUCACAACUGACAGCUCAGGGAUUGAUGACAACAAGGCGCAGAGCACGGCGUUCCUCCGAGGAAUCCUACUUUUGGACAAAGUCUGGUUCAGAUACUCGACAGUUAACAGGAAUUCGACACGUCCCGAAUCCACACUCUGUGGGGUUUCUGCUGUUUCGCUCAAAAUGUGGAGAGAGGAAUCAUAAACGAGCUUCAGACUGCAUCAACAUUUGUCAGGAAAAACGCAAGGACGGGGCUAUGAAUCCUAGAUGAUGAUGAUGAUGCUCGAUACUCAGAAUGCGACCCAGGAGAUUGGCGAGGAGGUGGAGGACGGUGCGGUGUUCACCAUCACGCUCCGCAAGGUGCAGAUGCACCACCACGCCAGCAAGGGGCAGCGCUGGCUGGGCGUGGCCGAGUCGGAGGCGGCCCUGAGCCUGUACGAGACGUGCAAGGUGCGCACCAUCAAGGCGGGAACGCUGGAGCGGCUGGUGGAGUACAUGGUCACCGCCUUCAGGGGCAACGACUCCACCUACGUCACCAUCUUCCUCUGCACGUACCGCUCCUUCGCCACCACGCGACAGGUGCUGGACCUGCUGCUCAACAGGUAUGCCAAGCUGCAACACCUGCCAGGCUCCGAGGGCCACCGCCUCACCCACGACGAGCGCACAGAGCUCAGGAACACCAUCUCGUCCAUCCUGGGGGCGUGGCUGGACCAGUACUCGGAGGACUUCUGGAAGCCUCCGGACUACAGUAGCCUGCGGCAGCUGCUCUCCUACCUGCACCUCAACUUCCCCGGCUCUGACCUGGAGCGACGCGCCUGCAACCUGCUGGCCCACUUCCACCGACGACACCACCAGGAGCCCGAGCACGACAUGCUGGACCACGCUCCCUGCACCUUCACCCUGCUGGAGGAGAACGGCUACGACUACGAGCGGCCAGACUUCCUCAGCUUCGACCCGGCGGUGGUGGCGGAACAGUUCACCCUCAUGGAUGCGGAGCUGUUUAAGAAGGUGGUGCCAUACCACUGCCUGGGCAGCAUCUGGUCUCAGCGGGACAAGAAGGGCAAGGAGCACCUGGCGCCCACCAUCCGGGCCACCGUAGCUCAGUUCAACUGCGUCACCAACUGCGUCAUCGCUACCUGCCUGAGCGACCGCACGCUCAAGCCCACGCAGCGAGCCAAGGUGCUGGAGCGCUGGAUCGAGGUGGCCAGGGAAUGCCGGAUCCUGAAGAACUUCUCGUCCCUGAGGGCCAUCUUGUCGGCGCUGCAGUGUAACCCUGUGCACCGGCUCAAGAGGACAUGGGAUGAGGUGUCCAGGGAGAAUUUCCGCAUCUUCCACGAGCUCUCGGAAAUCUUCUCCGAUGAGAACAACCACUCGCUCAGCCGGGAACUCCUCAUCAAGGAGGGGACGUCCAAGUUUGCCACCCUGGAGAUCAACCCAAAGAGGGCCCAGAAGAGGCAGCAGCAGCAGCAGAGAGACCUGAGUGUGAUGCAGGGGACCAUUCCCUACUUGGGGACCUUCCUCACUGACCUGGUGAUGAUGGACACUGCCAUGAAGGACUACUUGGACGGAGGUCUCAUCAACUUUGAGAAAAGGAGAAAGGAGUUUGAGGUGAUUGCUCAGAUCAAGCUGCUGCAACUGGCCUGCAACAACUACAACUUCACCAGGAACCCACGCUUCAAAGAGUGGUACACAGGGGUGGAGAAGCUCACCGAGGCCGAGAGUUAUAGCCAGUCGUGUGAGAUUGAGCCCCUGUCUGAGUCGGCCUCCAACACACUGAAGGCCAAGAAGAACACAGGCAUCAUCAAACGCUGGAGCGAUCGUCAGCCAGCAGGUACGGAGGCUGGCUGCAGCAGCAGUGCGGGCAGCUCCCACUCCAAGUCCUUUGACCAGCUGCGCUACCCUCCGUGCCUGGGUGGAGGAGGCGGAGGUGGGGGUGGGGGCUCCUCAUCAGGGGGCAGUGGAGGCGGAGGAGGAGGAGGUGGUGGAGGAGGCGGUGGCGACGGCGGAGACUCUCUGAGUGUGACCUCGGCCGGAUCCAGCUCCUCGGAUGUGGAGGAGAUCAACAUCAGCUUCAUCUCCGACUCCCCAGACUCACAUGAGAAAAAGACCUCCACGCCCUCCUCGGUAAAACAUUCCAAUUCUACCUUAGGGAAGUGUGGCCCCAUGGCUGACCUGGCACCCACGUUCUGGGAGUCCACAUCUCUGUCCUCGCUGGACGCUUCCGGAAUGGGCUCAGGCUCGGGCUCCAGUAGCGCCUCGUCGUCCUCGGUGUCGUCCACACCGGUGACAGCGUCGCGCUCGCACAAGCGCUCGGUGUCGGGCGUGUCCAGCUACUCCUCGCUCUCGCUGCCGCUCUACAACCAGCAGGUGGACGACUGCUGCAUCAUCCGCGUCAGCCUGGACGUGGACAACGGCAACAUGUACAAGAGCAUCCUGGUAACAAGCCAGGAUAAGACCCCAGCGGUCAUCAGGAAAGCCAUGGUCAAACACAACCUGGACCGAGAGAGGCCGGAGGACUAUGAGCUGCUGCAGAAGAUCUCAGAGGAGAAAGAGCUGAAGAUUCCGGACAACGCCAACGUCUUCUACGCCAUGAACUCGUCGGCCAACUAUGACUUUGUCCUGAAGAAGCGCGGCUUCCCCCGGGCAGGCAGGACCAAGCACGUGGCCAGCUCCACGCUGCCGCGCAUGAAGCAGAAGGGACUCAAGAUCGCCAAGGGCAUCUUCUGAACGCGCUUUUUGGGACUCGAGCUGGAGACGAUAUGAUCGACGCUCGCUGGCCAAUUGUUAUUUUUCGCGUUUAUUCACUUCUCUCUCCUUUUUUUGAUGACACAUACUAGCCAGACUAUGUUGACUGGUCUGGCUAGGUCAUCUUUUGUCACAGUGAGGGGAGAUGAGGAGGGGGUGAGUGAAGUUCCUUUCCGACCCCUGCCUGCUGGGACCCCCGAAGUUGUUUUUGUUUCGGCUGGCGGAGCUGGUUACUAGCUGACGUGGUUAGGCCGGGGGGCACCUACCUGCCAAUCCCCCCCCCACCCCCUGACCUAUACUAGCUAACUGGACUACUUGUGCACAGUAGACUGGCGAGCACUUACCUGAGAAUCUGUGCUAGUGGAUGUCUGUGAAGACUCACGCUCAUCCCGCUGGUGUGUUUGGAUGAAAAGGGUUAAUGUUUACAGCACCGAAACCCCCCCAGCACGCCUACCCACUCGGCCCCACCGGAAGCGUAACAAUGCCAACAACAACAAAAAAAGUUCCUCUGGCCUAACUAUGGACAUAUACAUCUAUAUACGUCUAUGGAUCUAACCCCUCGUCCUACUUCCUGCCAAGAUGUCAUCACUUCCGGGUCGGGUCAGGCCAGGCUCCAGCCAGCCUUCACUCUUUGGGCUCUGCGGCGUCUGCGUCUGCUGUACACAGGAGGCCCAGUGUUCUCGUCCGACCGACCAACACUGAUGUCUGUUGGACCUCUUAGCGGAGAAAGUGGGACAGUAGUAAGAAGUAGUAGUGAGUGAGCAAGGACAAUGGCACAAUUGACUGCAAUAAUGUGCCUUCUGUUGCGUUGCCAAGCUUCACGAGCCGCUGAGAUUUUCCCAGCAGCAGAAGCACCUGGAGAACUCCUCAGAGGGUGUUGCCUAGGGAACUUCUAGACAGGCUGAAGGAGAGCCAAAGGACCCGGGCUGACCCCGCCGAUGCCUGAUGAGAGAGGAGGAUGAGAGAUGGCAACGAGCCACUGCCCUGAAGGACACACACACCAUUUAAUACAGUACAGACCCUUUAACUGUGGCUGCCUCUUCACUAAAGAGUCAAAACAUGAUAUACACACAUUUAAACAUGUAAACACAUAGACGCAGACACACACACAGACACACCAGAGUAUCCCUUUUCACUGUCAAUGGGAAACCCAUGUUCUAGUUUGUUAGACUUUAAGAAGAAAAAAGGGGCAUUAGGACUAAAUAAUCUUUUCCUAUAACACUCAGAUUACCUUUACUAGUAUGGUUUUGCAUCCCCCAGCCCCCCCAAGCCCCCUUCUCUCCAACUGGUGCUAACAACAUCCAGACACUACAGGCUGUCUGCUCUAUACUCCUGCUGCCUACCACCAACUCUAAAGGCUCCAGCAGGAAGGACAAUUAUGGAUCUCAUUGACAGCUUGGCCACUAGAGCAACUAGAAGUGACAAGAGAGCAAAAUGGCCAUUGCGAAGUGGGCGGUGAUGCUGGCAGUAUUUCCUUUGGGUGGUGAAACGAGACAAAAGGUGUGGUGGCCAUUUUGGGAGUGAAUUUGUAAUGGUCCUGUUUAACAUUGCUAAGGUGUUCUGUUUUUGGUGUUUAUGGGGGCUCAAUGAUAAUGGCCGCUUGUUGUGGAACAGCAAUGUUUUUAUCUUUUAUAAUGUUGUGGUUGACUAUAUAUUUUUAAAAAUAUGAUUGUACCCACAGCUAUACAGCUUUUUUUGGUCCUGCUUGCUUCUCUUUGUUUUGGGGAAAUUAGCAGGACGUUCUGCCUGCUUACGAGAAAAAAAAAGCCUUUCGUUGCCAUAGUUACCAUUCAUUUAGUUCCACAGAAUGUUGGCGGGACCUAACUUGCCAUUGGAUGGGAUCCCCAUGGUGCCAGAACGUCGUGCCAUUGGCUAGGUUGGCCAUGACAUAUGAACACAGAUGACAGCCAUGACAUGAAAGAGUACAGUAGGAGGGAAAAAGUACAGCGGAAGUGUGUGUGUGUGUGAGAGAGAGAUAGACAAAGAGAAGGAAAGGGAGUCUAAUGAAUGUUGUAUUGUGAAAUGAAUUGUGAUUUCCUUAUUCACUAUUUUAGUGUAGUCAUUACAAUCAAGAAAAAAACAGAAGAAAAAAAAAACGAAUGGGUAGCCCAUCUUCCUCUUUUCUCUCAUCUCUCCUCUCUUCUUAUGCACACAAUCCCCAGUUUCUAACCACCUCUCUACUCUCUUUCUCUUUCACUCCCUUUGCUUCUCCGUUUUUGCCUUGACCAUCUGCUGACUGUCUGCUGACGGCACCAUCUAACACACCCAGCACCGCAUGUACUGUACAUAAAUUCACCAUCUCGUCAUCGGAUGGUUUUUGCCUGAACUUAGAGAGUAAACUUUCAAGUGAAGAGGAGGUUUUACAAUAACUUCCUGUGCUUGAUCCAGUACACACACCCGUGCCAAAGAUCAAGUAGGGCGAUGAACACAUUACAUGUAACGUUUUUUUCAUAGCGUCUUGUCCUGUAGAUGAACAGUUGUUGACCUUUGAACCCCCCAUUGUUAUUGUCCAUGCUGUCCUGAACUGGACAUGGGACGAAUAAAUUGCCCUUUCAAUGGCCUAUAACUAAUUGCCAAUAAACCCUAAUAGGAACAACCCUGCCCUGUUGGCCCAAUGACUCAAACAGAGCGGGCCUGGGGAGGGGUGCCGACAGGGGAGGAUAAGGGGGACAGUUGUCCCGGGCCCAGGGAAAGAGGGGGCCCAGAAUUGGGUCCUCAUUACAGUAUAUCUAUUGGGCUGAGGGGCCCUUUCAGCUGACUUUGUCCUAGGCCUGGCCAAAGCUGUCAGCCGCCCUGGGCUUGGGAUCAGUUCCAACUUUUCUAACCCAAGGUCAUCCUGCACAGUCCAGGCUCAGUCUCGAACUUGUGACCCCUCGUGCAGGAGCCAGAUGCACUAGCAAGUGAUCUUAAAGCCGGGCUGCUUGCUCAGCUGUAUGGGGCAUUGGGACUGGAGGCACUCGCUGGGAUCUGUUACAGCAUGCUGGCCUGAGUUGGUGGGGACCGGUCCACAGUUGUCAAAGAAGAGUUACAUUUCACAUUUGUAUGAGGACUUACUCAAACCAAAAUGCCCUGUUCAUUUCAUCCCAUCCAUGCCUCCAUUAUACCCCCAUGCAGAAGAAGGAUAACAUAAAGCAGCACUGUGUAUCUAUCCAACGCUGUCCUCCCGUGCCUGAUCAGAUAGACAGAUAGAGGGUGCGUUCCAAUAUGCGACCUUGCGUCCUCCACUUGUGCUUGUGGCUUCGUACCAGGAAGUAAUACGUCGUGAUGACAUCACUGACAACAGCAUUGUAUUUCAAUAUCUUGCAAAAGCUCAAUUGUAAAGUCAUUUCCUCAUUUGCAAUUGGGAUGGUGAAUGAAAAACAGUCCCGCCAAAAUUGUUGUGGCUAGGCUGACAGUAAGGAAAAUUAAUUGCCUUCUCCACGGAGGCGGGGAGUCAGCGAAAUGUGAGGCCACAAGCACAAGUGGAGGAAGGGAGUGUGCAUGUUGUAACGCACCCAGGGUGUACUGUACCAGCAAGGAGAGUAGAGAGAGAGAGGUUCCAAUGGCCCAUUGUUUCCGGGUUCUAUUAUUGGGGGGGGGAAAUCCCCCUUUAGGCAGACCUAGGCAGACCUGAGGACUGUUCUAUUCAAUGCAAGGAGCAUUAUGACACGCCCCUUUAGGCAGACCGGAACCUGGUCAUGUUAGGUGCCCAUAGAAACCUAUUAUGUUGGCAUAUCUCUAUACUUAAAGAAUCUCUGGUACAAGUGUGGGAAAACAGGAAGUAGAGAUGAGUAACGAGUAGCUAAAGUAGAUGGAGGAACUGACCAGUGGACAGUGUUGCCAGAUUGGGCGGGAUUUGAUCAAACACAUCUGGCAACACUGCCAGUGGAGGCUGACUUGACCUCCAGUGUGGCCCGUCCACUAGGGGUGGGUGUAGUGUCGGAAGUUAGACCUGUCUGGGUACACAGUGAAUUUUGCAGUCUCAGUUCAGCAGCAAAGUUUACUACCGUACAUACGUGAGAAUGUUUUUUUUAAAGACUGCUCUGGUAGGUUAAUGUGAGGUGCACUGAAUGACAGCGGUGUGUUAGUGAAGAGCAUGAAUAAGUGAGGCUCUGGAAUAGUGAUGCCUUUGCCUUUGCUGGCAGUGCUUUUCUCUUAGUCAAUAGAGAGACAUUUAAGGGGUACCGUAUAGGGGUGACUGCACGUCAUGUGCCAGAAUUCCCCUGUUGGCCGGGGGAGGGGAGGUUGGUCUGUUAUGGACGUGUGACUUGUUUCCAUAUUUUUAAAAGUCUAGUGUUUGUUCCAUUACUCUUUGAUGUUUUAAUUGUACAUCUGUGCGUGUGUAUGUGUAUAUAUGUGUGCAUGUGCCUGUACGUGUGUGUAUGUUGUCAAUUUAUACAGUACGUGCGUGACUGUGUGUGCGUGUGUGUUUACUGUGUGUGUGUGACUGUGUGUGUGUGUGUGUGUGUGUGUGUCCCGGUAAAGCGUAAAUGGAAUGGGCCAAAGAUCUCACCUGAUCAUUCUGGAAAGUUCCGUGCUCAUGACCACUGCCUAAUCAGGAAGUCACCUUGGGCCUGUCGAAACAUCAUUCAACAACAAAUCUGGUGCCAUCACUCUUUCACUGUUGAAGAAAAAAAAAUGAAAGAAGAAAAAAAAACACUUUCUAAUGAUUAACAAUUUCUUUUUUUCUAUGUUCAUUUUGUAUUUUUUUGUAUGAUCUGAGAUGAAAUGUAAUUUGUACCUUUUUGCUUUUCAUUUUUUGGUUGUUUUUCUUUUGAAUGAGUGCUGUGAGUGUGUGGGUGAGCUUGAGUGUGUGCGUGUGUGUGUGUGUGCAUGUCGACAUUAUUUAUUGAUUUGUAAAUACCUUUUUGUAGCAUUGUACAUUUUGUUUCUUCUCCCAUGUAAUUAAAAUUAAUAUAUAUGUAAAUAUAAAUAUAUAUAUGCGAAGUUUAUACCACUGUAAUUGUGGAUUCACAUGUCUCCCAUCUCCUCGUUGCCGUUCUCUCUGUUUGUCCUGUGUCUUUUCUGAAGGGUCAAUUUUGAUAUUUGCUUUGCCCCCUGAAGCGCUGUUUCUAAUGUUGGACAAAAAUCCCACCUAAUAAACACAGACAGUGUGAUU